GAUGGGGCCGCGGGGGUGGGGGACCCCCGGGGCGGAGACCUGGAACCUCCCGGGAGGAGAGGGCGUGGGGGCCUGAGCACACGUGGAUCGGCGUGGCAAGGCCCCGCCCCCACCGCCGCGGAGGGAUUCGGAGGGGUCCGGGCCGGCCCGGCGGGGUGCGAAGUCCACCUGAGCCGGGUGACCAGAGUGGCACCGAGGCUGGCCCGCGGCGCUGGGAACCGGGUGCCGAGCAUCGCCUGCUAGAGGCGCCCGACCCCGCUGGCCCCGCCCAGGUGGGGCUCAUUGCACCCUCUGCAGAGGCGCCCCCACCAGGCGCGUCCUGCUCCCCUCAGGUGGGGCUCAUCGAGUGGGCCCAGGGUGGGCGGGGCCGGGCGCAAUCGGGGCGGGGGAGGUGGGGCAGGGCCAGGGCGCGAUGGAGGCCCGGCCUGUCCCAGACUUCUCCAAGCUAAAGGAGCUGCUGGCGCCGACGUGUCUGGACCCUAAGGCGUCUCGGGCGCCCCCUCUUCAGCAGGCACCAAGGACCCCAGGAUGCCCCAGACCCAAUGGCAGGUCCUUCUGGCCUGCACGCCAGGACUCCGUCACUGCCCGGCGUUUUCUCCAAGAAACAGCAGAGGGGCUGGUCCAGCGCCCUGCCCAGGACACCCAAACCCUGGGGGCCUCCCAGGAGCUGAAGGCCUUGGAGUCUCUGGGACCUUCGCCUCUGGCAAGGGAUGCCGAGAACAUGCUGACCCCAAUCAGCCAGCAAUGCUGCAGCUCGAGGCCCCCGGAGGCUCCCCCAGCCCCCUCAGCCCUACCCCAGAGGAGGCCCCGGAAGCAGUCAAAGCCCCACCGGGGCGCUGAGAGAGUGGAUCCCCGGUUUGAGGGGGUGACCCUGAAGUUUCAAAUAAAGCCGGAUUCCAGCCUCCAGAUCCUAGCCAGCUACAGCCUGACCUGCACUAGCCGCUCCCAGGGUCCCUCCACAGGCCCUGCGGGCGGCCCUGAGGCCAACUCAGGAGGCGGUGAGGCCCUGGGGCCCCGGUGCUGUGCUUCCUGUAGGACCCAGAGGACCCCACUCUGGAGAGAUGCUGAAGACGGGACCCCUCUCUGCAAUGCGUGUGGUAUCAGGUACAAAAAAUAUGGCACCCGCUGCUCCAGCUGCUGGCUGGUGCCCAGGAAGAGCGUCCAGCCCAAGAAGUUAUGUGGCAGAUGUGGGGUGUCCCUGGGCCCCCACCAAGGCCCGGCUCAGGAAGGGGAUCCCAGGUGGAAGACCCAGGCCUCCAGCUCCAGAGCCCCUGUCUCAGGGGGCCACUGUGCCCCAUCGUGGCCCCUGGUCCAAUCCGGCUUGGCUGAGCCUCUCCUCAGGAAAUGUCCUCAGCAGUGACACUCAUAUUGUUGACAGCAGUAACAAUAAAGAACAAAACGACUCUGAGAAAAGCACCGUGACUCGGGGAUCGUGUCUCACGCACGCAGGCACGUGGGGGCACGUGUUUUCUCAUUCGGAUUCUGAGGGACACACACAGAGUCGUCUAUAUGGGCACCAGCCGCCCCACAGGGAAUUAGUCACCUUCACCGCAACUCCCCAUACAGGGCGACAGCCACCACACGCAGAGACAGACAACAGUAGACAGACACACACAUGGGGCGCCUGGCUGGCUCAGCCCAUGGAGUGGGCGACUCUUGACCUCGGGGUUGUGGGUUCAAGCCCCACGUUGGGGGUAGAGAUUACUUACAAAAAUAAGAUCUUAAAAAGAGAGAGAGACAGGGGCACCGCCUUGGGCGGCUCAGUCGGUUGAGCGUCUGACUUCGGCUCAGUUCAGGUC